ACCCCCCACGCACACUUACACUCAGUUUUGCCCCCCUCCUCUCCCCCGCCCCCGGCCUGGUGAUCAUGCCGCCACUGGCGGCCCUGACUGCCGAGGAAACGGUAGCCUAGGACAGUUGGCUGUUAAGUGACACUGAUUCUCCCCGCCCCGCCUGACCCCCGAGAAGGAGGGACGUCCCCCGCCGCGUGAGGGGGUGGGGAAGUGGGUAGUGAAUUCGGAUCCACCUGGGAGGGGGGGAGUGGAAGUUCCCGCCCCGGACAGCGGCGAGGCGGCAGCCACAGUUGAUUAUGGAAGAUUCCCACAAGAAUAACACUUCAGAGACAGCACCUCAGCCUGGUUCAGCGGUUCAGGGAGCCCAUAUUUCUCAUAUUGUUCAACAGGUAUCAUCUUUAUCAGAAAGUGAAGAGUCUCAGGACUCAUCUGACAGCAUAGGCUCCUCACAGAAAGCCCACGGAAUCCUAGCACGGCGCCCAUCUUACAGAAAAAUUUUUAAAGACCUAUCUUCUGAAGAUACACGGGGGAGAAAAGGAGACGGAGAAAACCCUGGAGUCUCUGCCGUCACUUCUAUGUCCGUUCCGACUCCCAUCUAUCAGACUAGCAGUGGACAGUACAUUGCCAUUGCCCCAAAUGGAGCCUUACAGUUGGCCAAUCCAGGCACAGAUGGAGUACAGGGACUUCAGACAUUAACCAUGACAAAUUCAGGCAAUACUCAGCAAGGUACAACUAUUCUCCAGUACGCGCAGACCUCUGACGGACAGCAGAUACUUGUGCCCAGCAAUCAAGUGGUAGUACAGACUGCAUCGGGAGAUAUGCAGACAUACCAGAUUCGUACCACACCUUCAGCUACUUCUCUGCCACAAACUGUGGUGAUGACAUCUUCUGUGACACUGACAUCUCAGACGACUAAGACAGAUGACCCCCAGUUGAAAAGAGAAAUAAGGUUAAUGAAAAACAGAGAGGCCGCUCGAGAAUGUCGCAGAAAAAAGAAAGAAUAUGUGAAAUGCCUGGAAAAUCGAGUUGCGGUCCUGGAAAAUCAAAAUAAGACUCUAAUAGAAGAGUUAAAAACUUUGAAGGAUCUUUAUUCCCAUAAAAGUGUUUGAUUCUUAACAAAGAAAGUAUUUUUGUGGACUUGCCUAAAAAUUAUAUUUGAUUUUUUAGUGGAGUUUUAUAAAGGAAAAGGUCAAAAGUGAAGCUUUUUAUUUAGGCUUUUGCAACUCAAAUAUCUUUGCAAGAUAUCUGGUGACAGAGGAAAAAGUGGAAAGUGACCUCAAGAAAGCUAAGGGCAUAACUGGAAGCUUUGUAAAAAUGAAACAUACUCAAGAAGCAAGAAAUGAACUUUCAGCAAUUUGAAUUUUCUAAGUAACAAUAGUUGUCAGUCCAAAAAUGGCAGAUAAAGAUGAGAUUUGGUAAAUUAGAUUUUUAGAAGUAAAUCAGUUUACCCUAUAGGUUUGCAUUUCUUACUGUUUUUCUGAAAUUUACCUUUUUCAGUGUGUGUGUGUGUGUGUGUGUGUAUUUUAUUUCUGCCAAUAAAUUCUAAAUUACAAAUGUAAAAGAAAACCUAACACAUUACUAAAUAUAUAAAUUAUGUAUUCUGAUUAAUACUAUUCUGAUUACAUACACUUAUUCUAUUGUCAAGUCUUUUAAAUGGGUUUUUAAAAGUUUGUUUGUUGGAUUUGAGAGGGUUUUUGAGACUGGGUUAUUUUUGAGGUCUUGUCCUAAAAAGCAUCUAAGGUACAUGAAUGGAAUAUGGUGAUUUUUGUAACAUAUUUUAUUAGAAUGGAAAGAUAACUGUUUAAAAGUUUGAUACUUUUAAAUAGUUUGUUUUUUGGUUACUCUGGUAAUGGUGAUUUUCUACAAAUAUAUAAUAAAUUGUUUUUUGAUUCUAUAUUCUGUAUGCAGUUGAAUAUCUAUUACUUAUUCUGUUGUGCUUUAAUAGAAUGGAAUGUUUACAGGCCCUUAAAAUAUUAUUUUUUAAAAAACUUUCUGAAGAUGCAUACCAAAGUUUUUCCAAGAAGAUUUUAUAAUCAAUUUAAUCUGAGGUUUAUCAGAUUCUAAAAUAGUAUAGUUAUAAAGGCAAUUUUAUGUUAGAGACUAUUUUGUAAUGUAGUGCAUGGUACCUUUAUAAGAACAGUGACUGCCAAUAUAUUUUUAUAGCUAAUCUUUAUAAAUUCUAACGUUGAGUUUUUAAUGAUUAUUUUAAAUGUUUAUAUAGUUUGUUUGGUAAAAAAUGUUUUUGCAUUGCAAAGUAUCAUUUUUAUAUUGCUGGAAGUAAAGUUUUCAGAUUGGCUCAUAUUUGAAUUGUAAAUUUUGUAUACAGUUUAAAGUUCAAAAAUGCUAUCAGUACACCAGUGUUUAACCUCUGUAUUCCAAUUUGUAUACACUUUGAAAUUGUACUGCAAAACUAUUGUGUGCUUCUUACACAGUAUGUAUCAUAUUGUCUAAGAAAAUUAAAAAACAUUUGAUA